AAAAAAAAUUAAAACCCUUCACCGCUAAACUGAACUAUUACCAUAUCACAAGUCUUCUAGGAGAAGUUUUGCCUUCAAAAAUAAAAAAGGGGCAAAUUUGCAUCCGUUUAUUAUCUGCACUGAAUCUCCAACUUCGCUUCGAUUUAUUCUCAAAUGCUUGAAACCAAUCACUCACCGCGAGUCUUUCGCGGUGUUCGUUUCACCCUCUUUGGUUUCGACCCUCUCACAGAAAGCAAGAUACGAUUCAAACUUGUGAAUGGCGGUGGAAUUGAUGCGGGGAAGAACACUGGGAAUUGUACUCAUGUUAUUGUUCAUAACCUUGUCUAUGACGAUCCCGUGUGUGUUGCUGCAAGAGAUGAUGGAAAGACGCUGGUUACGGCAUUGUGGGUUGAACACAGUGCUGAUAUUGGAAUGGCCGUUGAUGUUACAUCGGUUAUGUACAAACCGCUUAAAGACUUGAAUGGAAUUCCUGGUGCAAAAGAUCUGUUUGUUUGCUUGACUGGUUAUAUACACCAGGAUCGGGAAGACAUUAUGACUAUGGUUGGCUUGAUGGGUGCAGGGUUUUCUAAGCCGUUGGUGGCAAACAAGGUUACUCAUCUUGUAUGCUACAAAUUUGAAGGGGAAAAGUACGUACUUGCAAAGAGAAUGGGCACAAUAAAGCUAGUUAAUCAUCGUUGGCUGGAAGAUUGCUUGAAGGAUUGGGUGCUUCUUCCUGAAGACAAAUAUAACAAGAGUGGUUUUGAAUUGGAGAUAAUGGUGGAAGAGGCUAAAGAUUCUGAGGACGAGGCUGAAGAUUCCAAGCUGGGGCAAUUAGGGGGAAGGAAUAUAAGCAAAAGCCCCCCUGGUUCAAAAUUUGGUACAGCUGUGACUCAUGGAUUGUCCAAAACUUUACGAGAGGAGGCAUCAAAUGCCAUCCCAGAUUCUACUGGUCCACAGGUCUUGCCAAACGUCAAUAACGUUGAAGAUCCUUCAACUAUUACAAGAAAUAAGAACAAUUCUGAUCAAGAUGCAGACUUGAAUAAUGUUAGUGACUUGAAGGCACAUGGCUUCCAGGAUAUAGGCAUUACUGGAAAUACAAGUUCAUCUGCUCAGCAACCUAAUCUGCGGGAUGACACUUUGGAGACCGAGAAGUUAAGUCACACAAGAUCAACUUCUACAAAUGCUGACGGACUUGCACAUUCAGAUGAAAAGCUUGGUGCUGCGAGUUAUUCUAGGAAGAAUCAGAAGGGAUUUACCUUUUCAAGGGUAUCAGACGAAUAUGAAGGUAGAGAAGGCAACAACCUUGAAACCCCUUCCACCAAGGUAGAAAAGGCAUGUGAGGGAAUCAAGUCUGCUUGUGUUGAAGGUUCUGGGAAAGAAUCUGCUGUUAUUCAAGAGGGUAAUGGAAAUAAUUUAUUGCCUCGAAAGAGGACAAAUGAAGCUGCUGCUUCUACCAAAUUAAAAUCAAGAAAGAUCACUGGUAAUGCAAAAUUGUCUAUUGAAAGGACGCCGCUAAAAAAUGGUAAAUCUCAAGGAUUAAAAGUCCCAUCUGUGGUUGAUGAACCACCUAUGUCGGAUGGCUUUCUUUCUGUUGGCAAAGAUGGUAUAAAUAACUCAAAUACUUGCUUGCUUGCUAAAUCUGCAGCUUCUGCCUCCAACUCAGUGGCAAUUAAUAAGCCUAUCUCAGGAAAUGCAGAGUUGGCUCAAUGUAAUAAUGCUUAUCUGAGUUCAGCACAAAAGGCUGUUCAGAGCUUAAGUAAGUCUAAAACUAGUGGUGAUCCUGAUAUAACAGGUUUUGGAAUGGGACAAGGUGAUAACAAAGCAGAGGAGCAUAAUAUCACUACAAACCUUGAUUUUUCAUCACCAGGAAAGAAGUCAAAGAGUGAAGGGUUUGCUGGUCUUGAUGAUUGGGAUUUAAGCAAUGAAGAAAACGAUAAGCUGGUUAGAAAGUCACCCUGCAAGAAAUCAACUGUCAAGAGAACUUUGGGUUCUAGACCCAGAAAAGGUGUUACUGCUAAACUGAAGAGUUCAGUUUGCUUGAAUAAAACUAUGCAUCAAGAUGAAGGCGGAAGUUCUUCCAGUGGAAGCAAAGAAAUAGCAACUGCGGGUGCUAAGAAGCGUCAGGCAUCACCUCCAAUCCUUGAUGUUAACAAAUUGAUGGAGCAAAAGGCGGUUAGUGAAUAUGCAGAAGAUAAUGGUGGCAGAACUGAUAUUUUGGAUGACGAAACAGAGGCUCCAGAUGACAAAUGUGAAUCUGAGUUGGGUAUGGCUCCUGAAGAAGAAUUGGUUCAUCUUUCAAAAAAACUUGACACCUCAACAGAAGAGAAGUUAGAAGCAGUUGAACCUGAUAAAAAAUGUGAAGUAAUGCCUCCUAAAAAAUUCACAAAUGAAACUGAAAAACAGAAAUCACCUUCACUGUUAGACCCAACCUCAAAGUUGAGAGUAAAGCAUCAAGCGAUAAAGCGUCCUGCUAGUAAAACCAAGAAGCCCAGAGCUGCAAAUAAAAUAGCGAAGACUGUAGAGGCAGUAUCGUUAGAGAUGAUUCCUAAUGAGACAAGGGAUGAGGCAGAAAUAAAAAUCCUGCCUCAUCUAGAAGAGAAGUUAGAAGCAGUUGAACCUGAUAAAAAAUGUGAAGAAGCAGCGUCUCCUAAAAAAUUCACCAAUGAAACUGAAAAACAGAAACCACCUUCACUCUUAGACCCAACCUCAAAGUUAAAAGUAAAACAUCAAGCAAUAAAACGUCCCGCUAGUAAAACCAAGAAGCCCACAGCUGCAAAGAAAAUAGCGGAAACUGUUGAGGUAGUAUCCGGGGAGAUGAUUCCUAAUGAGACAAGGGAUGGGGCAGAGAUAAAAACCCCGAGAGAAAUGUCUGUACCUUCUGAUAUAAAAUGCCCUGCUAGUAAAACCAAGAAGACCACAGCUGCAAAGAAGAUAGCAAAAUCUGUUGAGGCAGUAUCUGGGGAGAUGAUUCCCAAUGACACAAAGGAUGAGACAAAGAUAAAAAUCCUGAAAGAAAUGUCUGUACCUUCUGAUAUAAGUGAGAACUCAAAUGCUCCAAGAAAUAAGCCAGAGAAUUUUGUUGAAGAGGAGAAGGAGAAUAGACCAAAUGUCGCAGAGCACGAUUUAGUGGAGGAAAGAAGUGUUGGAAAUCGAACUAUUAAAUCUAGUGUUAAGCCAGCAAAUAUAAAGUCUAAGAAAAUGAAGCACAGUCCAUCUAUAUCAGAAUUUAAUGCAAGAGUAAAAACUGAAGCUACAUGUUUUAUCUUAAGCGGCCAUCGUCUACAAAGAAAGGAGUUUCAACAAGUAAUCAAGUGUUUGAAAGGAAGGGUUUGCCGUGAUUCUCAUAAGUGGUCAUAUCAGGCAACACACUUCAUUGUUCCAGACCCUAUAAGGAGGACAGAGAAAUUUUUUGCUGCUACUGCAUCAGGAAGGUGGAUUCUUAAAACUGAUUACUUAACUGCUAGUAGCCAGGCAGGAAAAUUCUUGCCAGAGGAGCCUUAUGAGUGGCACAAAAAUCAUCUCACUGAGGAUAGUGGUGCCAUCAAUAUGGAAGCUCCAAGAAAGUGGCGGCUGUUGAAAGAAAGAACAGGACAUGGUGCCUUUUAUGGGAUGCGUGUAGUUGUUUAUGGCGACUAUUUUGCUCCACCUUUGGAUACUCUGAAGCGUGCGGUCAAAGCUGGGGAUGGAACAAUAUUGGCGACAUCUCCUCCUUAUACUCGCUUCCUUAAUAGUGGGGUUGACUAUGCCAUAGUUAGCCCUGGCAUCCCAGAUGUUGAUAUGUGGGUCCAAGAGUUCAUAAAACAUGAGAUACCUUGUGUUGCAGCAGACUACUUGGUUGAGUAUGUCUGCAAGCCUGGAGUCUCCCUUAAGAAACAUGUACUGUAUGACACUGAAGCCUGGGCGGAUAGGUCAUUUGAAAAACUUCAAAUCAAGGCAGAAGAGAUUAUUGAAGAGGUCAUUCCUCCUAAGGAUUGCAAUGAUGAUGAUGAUGAUGAUGAUGAUGUAGCUUGCCAAGUAUGUGGCUCCCGGGAAAGAGGAAAUGUCAUGUUGAUUUGUGGAGAUGAAAGUGGAUCUGUUGGCUGUGGAGUGGGUACCCAUAUCGAUUGCUGCAACCCUCCGCUCACAGCUGUUCCUGAGGAAGAUUGGUUUUGCCCAGAAUGCAGUAGUGCUAAAAAAUACUCAAAAAAUCCCAAGAAAAAGAAAAAGGGUGCAUUGUUUUCAUCAAAGACCAAGUGAGUCUGUCACCGUGUAUCUUAUUUUUAUCAAUCAUUAGCCCCUGGUCAUUGUGUGUAAUACUCUUAUUGUUCUUAUAUAUAGCUGUAAUAAUUAUGUAAAAAUCCUUUCAGAUUAACAAACUAUUUUUGAUUUA